CAGUUGAAAAGCUGCGUGAAACGUACAUUGCGCAUGCGAGAAUAGUAUCGACCGCAGCAGGAAUACUAGCGUCAACCUUUCCACAUGGCCGCCUCCGAAUUUGGUCACAUUUCCCCCAGCCUGAGCAUCAGGCAACCUUGUUUAUUUGGGUCGAGUCCUUGACUCAGUCCGAUGUAGUUAUAGAUGCGCGUUGCUGCCAUUCAUGGAAACGGUGCCGGUAUGUAGGUUAAAUGCUGUAGACUGAGUGUUUAGACAACUUUCGUAAAUACAAAGUACAAAGAAAGACGCGCACAAACAAAAUAUUCUUGCGCUAUAUCACUAGCUCUGACACAAAUCAUCAAAGGCAUUCGUUCCUCCCAACUUGAAGAGCUCGAAGCGUAUCUAACAAAAGCGUACAAAAUGGCCAAUCUCGUGGAAGUCUUUCUAGACGCAGAAUCCCGAUGUAACAGCGUUGAUGAUGCUACAACAUCGCACGAUAUUCGCCUCGAACCUAAACAAAGAGGAUCUCAGCAUCCUUUGCCUCGGGAAACAACACCGCGGACAGCAGAUCCAAAGCUGCGCCUUGGCGCGAGUCGGGUUUGGGCUGUCCUCAUCGGAAUCGAUGGAUAUUCGUCCUACCCAUUGCGUGGUUGCGUAGCAGAUGCCCUAGCAGUAGAACAGUACCUUGCGGAAGACCUCCUCGUGCCUAGGGAGCGCAUCCAAAGUCUUCUAGGUCCAGCAAACUGCGUUGGCACACCCACCGAUGUUUCAUCUGUUAUCCCCUCCCGUACAAACAUUAUAUCCAUUCUCCUCAGCCUCAUCACAAAUUCAAUCAUCGAAUACGGUGAUCCUAUCAUCAUCUUUUUUGCUGGACACGGCUCCCGCUAUUCAUUGUCAGACAAAGACGGGGACGACGAUCCUGAUUCUGACAAGGAGCACGAUGAUGAACAGACUCGCAAAUUCGUUGAGGUGCUUUGUCCCGUGGACCGGAACACCCUCGACGAUAGUGGAGCCCUCAUUCCUGAUAUCAGCGACCGAGAGCUCAACACUAUUCUCUCCGAAAUCUCUCGUACGAAAGGGCAUCGUAUCACGUUCAUUUUGGACUGCUGUCAUGCAGGCAGCAUCACUCGAACAUUGAGUUCAAAGGUGCGGACUGCUCCCCCGUUGGAGCAUGCCUCAGUCAUCGACAUGCUCCUUGCUGGCGAAGAAGACCUCAGAGACCUCUCUGGAUAUCGGUCCAUCUUGGGAGAAGGCUGGCGCCCAGACAUGGAUUCCCAUGUGAUUCUAGCGGCGUGCAGGGGAGGCGAGACUGCAAAAUCGAAGCUGGUAAGGAAAGAGAAGAAGGGCACGGAGGUGUGGGGCGGUGUGUUCACGAAGUCGCUCAUAAAGCUUCUGAAGUCCGAUGUAUUGGGCGAAGAUGCGACGUAUCAGAACCUCAUCGACAGUCUUCCACCGCUCCGUCAUCAGACGCCAAUUGUCACAGGAGGGCGGAAGAAUACGCACCUUUGGUACCAAGAUUGA